CAGUUCUUGAUCGGAGAGAUAGAGAAUGUCGGUGCAGGAGUAUCUUGAUAAACACAUGCUCUCCCGAAGAAUCGAAGACGCGGUCAAUGCCGCCGUGCGAGCCAAAACUCCUGAUCCCGUACUCUUCAUCUCUAAUCAUAUGAGAAAAGCCAUUCCUUCGGUGAUUACGAAGAUAAAGGCGCGGCAGAUCCUAGAUAGUAGAGGAAUUCCUACUGUUGAAGUAGAUUUGUACACUAACAAAGGAAUGUUUCGUGCUUCUGUCCCGAGCGGCGAUGGCACUGGAAUGUAUGAGGCGGUUGAUUUGGGAGAUGGAGACAAGGGAUCAUAUCUUGGAAAUUCAGUGACAAAAGCUGUUAAGAACAUCAAUGAGAAAAUUUCUGAGGCACUAAUUGGUAUGGAUCCAACACUUCAGUCUCAAAUUGAUCAGGCCAUGAAAGACUUGGACAAAACACAAAAGAAAAGUGAACUUGGAGCAAAUGCUAUAUUGGCUGUGUCAAUUGCUGCAUGCAAAGCUGGAGCUGCUGAAAAGGAGGAUAUCAUGAUUCUCCCGACAGGGACAAGUAGGUUUGAGGAGGCCUUACAAAUGGGUUCUGAGACCUAUCAUCAGUUGAAGGCUGUUAUUACAGAAAGAUAUGGUGCUAGUGGAUGUAAUGUUGGAGAAGUUGGAGGUCUGGCUCCAAAUAUUUCGAGUGUUAGAGAAGGAUUGGAUCUUGUUAAAGAGGCUAUCAGCAGAACAGGUUUCAACGACAGAAUAAAGAUAGUGAUUGAUGUUGCUGCUACUGAGUUCUGCAUAAGUGAUGCAUAAUUUCCUGCAAAUUAGUCAACUAGCAAUUAUAGAAUGUGAGAAAGGGGAUGGAGCAUUGGAGAAAACUUCUGUAGUAUUUUUAGCUGUUAUUUGAGAAAUGCAUUUUUGUCAUCCUUCAACAGCUGUUGAACAUAAACCAUUAGAUAUUAAGAGGAGAGGAUCUUCUGCCCUAGUCUCCGUUAUAUGUUUUGCAUUUAUGUACAACUUUGAAUGCUGCAAAGUUCUUUCUUGCAUGGACAUUGCUUGCUUAUGACAACUGGGCUUUGUUUUUCACUCUUGUUGAUAAAGGUACAAAGUAUGAUUUAGAGUUUAAAUCUCCAAGUAGGUCUGGGAAAAAUUUCAAGUCAGGAGAAGAUAUGAUACAGAUUUACAAAGAACUGUGCAGUGGUAUGUCAAUUUUUCAUUAAUGGUUUUUAUUCUCCAAGUAGGUCUGAUUCAUUCUCUCUAUUGGAGAUAAUUAUGGAUUGCAGAUAAAAGGGAGAUGAUGGAUCUGCCUCCAUGUUUGUUGUGCUUGUAGGAGGAGUUGCAUUUUCUGUGGCAGCUGACAUGAUAUGGAAAAAUAGAUUUAUGACUUACAG